AUGGCGACGAUCCACAGCCAGCCCGCCAACACGGGCGCAGGCAGAUACCGAGCGACCAAGAUAGACAGCUUCCUCAGUGCUCUGCGAUCGGAGAGGAGCCCCGUCUCGCUCGACGACUUUGCCAUUCGUCACAGCCUCGAGGCGAUUCUCUCGGAUCCAGAGUUGCAGGACAUCCUCAAAGCGCACGACCGGGUCAUCUACAACGACAGAAACAAGACGUGGGCCUGGCGGCCAGACUACAACGUCAGGACACCCGCCGAUGUGCUCAAGCUCAUCGAGGGCAGGUUCAAAGACAGCGUGCCGCCACUUGUCGCUGGCUUCCGGCUGAGCGAGCUCCGCGAGAGCUAUCCGCAAGUGCGAGAGGUGGUCGAGGCCAACUCGAAGAGACCUGCUCCCGAGACGAGGAGGGUCAGCGAUGAGGAUGGACGGCGCGGAGAGGAGGACAGGGACGAGGACGAGGAAGUGAGCAGGGAAGAGCAAAAGAAGCUGCUGCUCCUCACAAACCCAGCAAAAGAGAAUUCGAUCAAGCUCGUUUUUUGGAACGAGGCAAGCUCGAGCGAAUUUCUCGAAGCAAAUGGGGGCAGGCGCAUCGAGUCUGUCGACGAGGAGUUUCGCGAGCUGUGGCACUCGCUGCCCGUGCCUGAGCCUGUCGACAUGUACAAGUACCUGGCCGAAAAGGGUUUGAGUGCAGCCCAGGCAGCCCAGUCGGCAAGCCAGCAAGCAGCUGCCAAUGCGUCUGCGAUGGCUGCACGGGGUAGGGGCAGAGGACGGGGAAGCUCGAGGGGCAGUGGGAGGGGGAGAAAGGUCAGGAUACAAAACACCCACAUCGAAGGCAUCGAUAUCAGCAGGAACUACCAGCAGCCGUGA